AUGGGUGAUCGUACUCGCUAUAGCAUAGGACCGAAAUUUAUGCAGCAAGAACAAUAUGAAACUCUACAAUCCAAUUUCAACGAAGAGUAUAAUAAAAUUGAUAAGGAAAUUGAAAGCGAAUAUUUAAACAGACGAAAAUCAGACUUCAGCCAUUUAACUCAAGAAAAUAACCAAAAAGCAAAGCUAAUGAAAAAAUUGAAUGAAUUAGUGUUUUCAAACUCGCAAAAACAAAAGCAAAUAAAUUCAUUAAUCAAAGAAAUAUCCUCAAUUAAGGGGAAAUCAAGAAAUACCCUCCAAGCAUCUGCUAGAAUUAAUACUGAGAAAAGUUGUCAAACGUUAUUUGAUGAAAUUGAGAGCCUUUAUAAAAAACUUAAAGAUUGUGAAAUAAAUGAAUUGCUUGAGCAAGAAACAACUGACCAGUUAGAUUAUAUGUGAAAAAGAACUAAAGAUCAGCAUAUUUUAGCAAAAGGGAAAAUUGAUGAAAUAUCGUCAACAUAUUCCAGGCUAACAAAAAAUAUUGAGGAUAUCCGGUCUAUAUCCCAUAAAUCCGGAACAAGCCUAUUAAUUGCACAGUAUGAAGCUUUGAAGAUGAAUAAAGUUUACAAUAAAAGUAAAGAGAUCAGAUCACAAAAAAUUGAAUCAAAGCAGGAUAUUUUUGAUAAUAUCAACAAGAAGAUAAAGCAAAGUAAAAAAGAUAUUACAAUUAAAAAGCUUAAAAAUGUAGAGUAUGGACAGAAAAAGAAGGUUUUAUUUAGUAGAUUGGAAAAUUCCUUGGAAAGUUAUAAUCAGAAUCAAGCGUCUUUUAGGCAAUAUAAAGAAUCAGCUGAGCAGGUGAAAGUUUUUUUACAAAAAAUAUCAGAAAUUGUGGGCAAAAUUAAGAUUAAAGGACUUACAGCCUUCUAAAUUUUAUGGCUCCGCACGCUUGAGACCACAGGAGCCUGCUUUCCAGAGGAAUUCAGUCGCCUGAAUCCUGUCUCAACAGUGGUCUACUCCUGUGAUCUGGGGAUUGACCAAUACCCCUGAGCUUUGAGUAGCUAGAGAAACCCCUUUGUGCUGUAUGUCUUGCGGGGUUCCAUGGAGGUAAAGUUAGCCCAAUGCUUCUUGUCGGCUACAUUGAGGAAGAGUGGCAUCCAAGAAAAAAACCCUACUCCCUCCGAAACCAACAGGGAAAGAAUCCAUGGCCUAAAAAUUAUCCGGAUUACUAAUGUCUGGACUAUAAUCGCCACCAGCUACUCCCUAGACUUACUCGCCCCAUAAGAGUUCUGAUUAAAUGACCUGCACUUUGGUUUACGCUAUAAAACGAUUUUGGCGCCUAAAGCGGUGUGUGUCAUCAAGGGCAUAUUUUUCACCGCCGCGAUUUAAUUAAAUUGUGGGCAAGGAUAUUAAUCAAGAAAGAUUUGGGCCAAAUGAAGCUGAGCAGAUAAUUAAAGAGUAUCAGCUUAUUGCAUAUAAGAAUGAAAGUUUAGAAAGAUACUAUAUGAAUUUGGUGGACUCCCAAGAAGACCACAAAAAACGAUAUGAGGACGUGCAGAUCCAAUGAUUGUGACUUUUAAUAGUGUGCAUUUCAUCAAAGCAAAUUUGUUCGAAAAUAUUUAAAUAGUGUGCUAUUGGCCGAAAUUAAUGUUUUUUUGGGUCAAAUAUCUCCUAUCAAAGAUGCUUCGAACAAAUUUUUCCCGUCGCAUAUCAAAAAUACUCGGUCAUUUGACAUGAAGCCAUGAGGACCUUAUAGCUGAGCUAUCAGAAUUUGGAUUGGGAGGGGCUUUAUCAAUAGAAAUAAAUUCAAUAAAAGAGAAAUCCUCUUCUCUUUUUGAAAAAAAUCAUUUCAAAACCUAUAACCAGCUGCUUUCUGCAAUUGAAGAAAAGCCGACACCAUUCCAACACUCUCUCUCCACCUCAUACGAAAAUUUUUCGAUAUAUGCCUUAUUGUACUUGAUCCAAAUAGUCCAAAGACUAAUUAAACAAGUUGAAUACAUUGAAAACGAAGCGAACUGUUCAACACUUAAAGGGUUAAUAGAAAACAUUAAAGAGCGGUUUAAUGAACUAAAAAAAGAUACAUCAAUUAAAAAAAAUGAAAAAUCUUCAUCAAUGUUUGAAAAGCCGCUUGAGUUUUCGCUUUAUCUUCCACCUACAAGUAAAAACUCAUUCACUGAGCUUCUUCAAGAAGCUGGAGAGCUUUCAGUGAUCCUUAGUGAAAAUGAAGAUGAAAAUGCCAUCAUUAAAUACUUUACAAAUCCUAAAGAAGUCAAAGAUUUUUUAUCAAAUCUUGAAGACCGAAGUGCAUUAAAUAUAUUGAAUAAUUUACCGAAACUGAUAUGUGUAGGCCAUCAAAAUUUGCAGACGAGAUCACAAACAUCAAUAUCAAUUUUAAAAGCAAUUUUAAUUGCAAUGGGAAAAUAUACCCAAGAACUAAAUUUUCAACUUGAAACUAAUUUUGAAGGUAAAAGCAAUACUGAAGCACUAAAAAAAGCUUCAGCAGAUAUGGAAGAGCUAUUUUCAAUCACAGAAACAACUGAAAAUAUAAAAACAACUGACCCCGUUGUCAAGUCAAUUUUAGAGCAUAAGAAGCGGCAAAUCAGAAGACUUACCAAAAAGAACACUUUUGCUCUUAAAGACGAUUUUGAGCAAUUUGUAACCAGAUUUGAAAUUAUGGAGCCUUUAUCUAGCAAAGUAGAGCAGGACCAACGAUCCAAAAUAUUUGAAGAAAUUAACGAGCUUUUUAGCGAAAUCCCAGAAAGAAAAGGAGAGGAAGAAGAAAAAGAACUAGAUGAAAUUUCUGAUGAAACUCCUAACUCCCCCCCCCCCUCCGUGAGCGAACAAAACCAUUAGAAAAAUCGCCAUUUUUUGACCAAAAACCCACCCUCCGUGAGUGAACAAAAAUUUUUUUAAUAGAAAAAAUUUUAAUGGAAAAAAAAUUUGAUAUAUAAGUGAUAAUUAGUAUAAUGAAAUCUAGAGCUAAUUCUGUUUAAUUUUAAACAAAUUGCGUUUUAAAACAUAAAUUUUGCAAAUUAAAUUAAUAUUUGCUUCCCAAUUUUUUGCAAAUUAGGAUUUUUUUAAAUUUCGAAAAAAAUAUUUUUUAUAAAAUUUAUAUAUAAAUUUUUUUUAAAAAAAAAAAUUAACCCCCCUCCGUGAGCGAACAAAAUUUUUUUGUUCGCUCACGGAGGGGGGGGGGGGAGUAAGCAAAUGAAGAUUUCAAGAACACAUGCAAAUUUGAAAGCUAGAACUAAAAUCGAUAGCCCAACAUUUGCAAGCCUCCCUUUACUUUAUAGCAUGAGCAAUAGAAGUACUACGUUCAGUAAGAAAGAAAAGGAAAAAAGAAAUAAAUUGGUCUUGCAAGAAAUAAGACAUCUUGAAAAUCGGCUGAGAAAGGUCAAGGAAUUUGAACAAAACAGUGAAAAAAAUGAAGCAGAGCAGCUAAUGAGUGCGGAGCUAUAUUUAAGGUUGCCAAACAUUAAGAAGCAGUCAUCUUCUCAUGUAAAAAAGAACUCAAACGAAACUGUCAUAUCGAAGUCAAUUGCUUCUAUUAUCUCUGGAGACAGUAUUGUAUAG